GAGGAGACAGAGGAGCGCCCCUCUCCUCUCUCUCUCUCUCUCUCUCUCUCCCUCUCCCUCUCCCUCUCUCUCUCUCUCUUUAUCUCUGUGACGUGGUGUGCUUGUGUGUUUGCUGUGUGUGUGGGAGACGGAGAGAGCGAAACAGGUCGGCUUUGCCUCAGCAGACUGUGAACCUGCACAGGAGGAAGCAGCCCUCUCCAGACCAGACUGAGAUCUUUCAAGCUGAGCAGGAUUUUCGGGAGAGAAGGACAUCUCUGAUAAAAGUUGUCACAUCCUCAAGGAAUUGGGCAAAGGCUUCUGCAAUUGUCUGCAAAGCUCCGGGAUAAAGUCUGCGAGGAUCAGGGACUGCAUUGUUCCAGCUGCCAUGACAGAAACCACCGCCUGAGCUUCUCGGUGUCACCCUACGACAGGGGAGGAUGGAUGAUGGGCCCGUGAAAUUCAGCGGACUCUCUCCUCUUUAUCCCAUCCUCUCAUGGAGCGUCCUGUCACAACGAGCCCCUCCUGGAACUUUUCUCUGUCCCCGUUUCCAGCCCCACUGUGGCCGAAUAGCUCCAACGGGACCUUGCCCAUCACAGACGUCCGAGGUGGGAUAGAUCUGAACCAGUCGUUGGCGCUGUGCGCUAUGCUCAUCAUGGACGUGCUGGCAGUGGUGGGGAACUUGGCCGUGAUGGUCGUCAUUACCAAAACACCACAGUUGCGGAAGUUUGCCUUUGUUUUCCACCUCUGUCUGGUGGACCUGCUGGCGGCGCUCGUGUUGAUGCCUCUGGGGAUGCUGUCGGACCGAGUCCUGGUGGACGAGGCGCUGUGUCGGAGCUACUUGUGCUUGAGCGUGUGCCUAGUGAGUGCCGCCAUCCUCACCAUCUGUGCCAUCAACGUGGAGCGGUACUACUACAUUAUCCACCCCAUGCGUCACGAGGUGAAGAUGACGGUGGGGGUGGUGGUGUUGGUGGUAGUGGGAAUCUGGAUUAAAGCCGUUGUCAUGUCCGUGCUGCCUCUGGUGGGAUGGUUGCUCCAGGGCAACCAGAGUGCGGAGGCCCCUUCAGUCCUCUUUGCCGGUCAGAGACAUUGCUCCCUGCACUGGACAGGAGGCAGGCACACACGCCUGAUUUUCAUGGUCUUCUUCACAAUAAUCUAUUUUCUGUGCCCCAUGCUGAUCAUUCUAGUGGUCUACUGCAACAUGUUCAAGGUGGCCCGAGUAGCAGCCAUGCAGCAUGGCCCCCUGCCCACCUGGAUGGACACGCCACGUCCAAGGUCAGACUCCAUCAGCAGUCACUCCACCAUAGCAGCCAGCCUCGGAGGAACUGGUGUCCGCACCACCCCUCAAAGGAUUUUUAGCGGCGGGAAGGCCGCCGUGGUUCUAGUGGCAGUCGGAGGCCAGUUCUUCUGCUGCUGGCUGCCAUACUUCUCCUUCCAUCUCUACUCAGCUGCAGUGUCUACCUCUCCAGCCUCUCUGGCCCAGCUGGAGGACGUGGUCACAUGGAUUGGCUAUUUCUGCUUCACCUCCAAUCCCUUCUUCUACGGCUGCCUGAAUCGGCAGAUUCGCGAAGAGCUGGGUCGCUACCUGGCUUGCAUUUUUAAGCGGGCCGGGCCCAGCGAAGGGGAGCAGCUGCCCAGCCGCGAGGCCUCUAUCGAGGAGAACUUUCUGCAGUUCCUUCAGGGCACUGGAUGCAAUCUGGAGCCCUGCAACUCUCACAGCCGAGCAAGCCCGGAGGAGCCAGGGACUGAGGGCCUUCAGGAAUCAGCUGUUCAGCAGAACACGCCAGCUGACUUCCACAUCCCGGGGCAGAUCCUUGAGGAAACCUCAGAGUUCAUACAGCAGCAACAGCUAAACAAUGAGCUCCACGUAUCGGAGAACUGCUGCAAAACUGUACCAGAGCUGUAGCUGCCUCAUGUACUGUCUCUUUUAUCUAAUAAUCCAAUAAAUAUAUUUAGUUUUAUUCAUAUUUUCUAGUAUUUGUUGAAUCUCUUCAUGCUAAAAGCUAAAAUUUCAGGCUACUGCAAAACAUGGUAUCUUCUUUGAAGAAAUUAACAGAUGUAAAUUUUCAGUGAAAGAAGUGUUUGACUUUGUCUUGUGCAUCGACUCGUCCACAUCUCAAACUGUCGAGAUGCUGCAGAAAUACAUGUUCUGAGAGUACUCAGGCUCACCAACACAUAGUCACCAAUGCUUUAUCAUGUUAAUCCAUGCAGCGAAGUGACAAACAUCCCAAAAACAUAUGUGCUGAAACUUUACAGGAGCAAACCUCGAGGAGCGUACAGUUUUCAUAGUUUAUUCAAGCAAACAGGAGCCAUUCGAAGGAAGUUUCACCGACAAAUCCUCUGUCACAUUUGCUCCGUUCCUCAUUAAAGUUUAUCAAACAUAAGGACGUAAUGUAAAAUAUAUAGUUUCUCAUAACUUUUUCAUCAAACAAACUCUACUCUCAUCUCCAUUUUAUCUUCCUGGUCAUUGUUAAUUCCACUAGAGGAUGAAAUGUUACAUUAUGUUUGUGUUUUCAGACUUGAAGUUUCCCCUUGACAAUCAGAGACACCUCAAUAACAAUUCAAAACAUUACCAGACAAUAUAUGUCGCUGACAGCGUGUAAAACCGCCGGCUGGAGGAAAACUCUUUCCUUUCAAGUAAAGCCAGUGAGUUAUUGCAGCUGCUGCCGCUGCCAGUUUGUUUAGUGAAUAAAGCAUCUGUUUUCAUUACAUAUUUAUUCCACUUUCACUUGCACAACCAAGGAAUUCAUGCAGAAAUAUUCCUCAAUAUAAAGAAGUGAAUAUUCUGAGACAAAAAAGAAAAAAAAAGAGAGAGACUGAGUUUGAAAUAUUCAUCAUGUUGAACAGGAUCAUUUCACAGCUGGUGCUGCUGCUGCUGCUGGUGUUUUUUAAUAAACAGGCUGACGGUGUAUUUUUAGUAUUUUCCAGGAACGUUAUUAUCAUGUUUAUCUGUUCUUGGUCUUGUGAUUAUCACCUCCUCACCAAAAUCAUCUCACAUUGGGAGACUCGUGAUUUCACCCCCUUCCGCUCAAAGAAAACAUUGUGACUGGUUUAAUUCGUUUGAUAGUGGCGGUGUUAAGGGUUUAGACUGUAAAAACAUCAGCCACGGCGCAUAAGAGCUGCUGAAACGAGUCUCGGGCCGCGGACAGAUCCGGACGCCGCGACCGGUCCCCGUUGCCCCCGUGAUGUCUGCACUGUUUACAGGUAAACACGGGAGCAGUGUGAGUGCUCUUGUGUUUGUGCAAUAAACAACCAGGCUUGUUGUGGCUACACACAGCACACAGGUGUGACAAUGCUUACACAUGGAAAGCUUUGCCUUUGGCCUCAUUUAGCAACAAAAGGAAGACACUGGUGAUACUUUCUCUGAUCUCAGGUGGAAUACAAACAGUUUGCACAAGUCACACAAGCAGUGACAAACGUUCCAAAGAAAACUACAAGGCACAAAUCUCUUUUCUUUUUCUUUUUUUUUGCUCUCUUUUUAUACUUGCACUUUCGUGCUGCCUUCAUCUAUUUUGGACUUGCUUCAUACUUACGGUUGGCAUGAUCACAAGACACUCAACACAAGGCACACAGAGGACGGUUCAUAGUUUGCUGGGAGUCACAACAAAAAAGGGUCCCUUUGUUGGGGGAGCACAUAAUGUUCUUAAUUUUCUUGCGAUGUGCUGAGGCCUGUUUUUCAAGCGGUGUUGUUCUUAAAAAUGUUGCAGCAUGAGGCCCCACGUUUAGGUAGAUACAGUCCAGAACCGACGGAGACCAGUGAGGUCAAAUCACUGCCAUAAGCCUCACUGUUCUACAAUGUGUGUGUGUCUUUUUUUUAAUUCAUUAGAUAUGUUACAAAAAAGAAAACAAAACACGCUAAUACGAAACAAUUUCCUGUGACACUGCCUUGAUUUUUUUUUUUUUUUUUUUACACCAGCGCCUGCGAAUAAGGGUUUAGUCACUUUAGAUAAUCAGCGAUCUUCCCCAUCGAGCCGUAUUGAUCACCUCCCUUUUUAUGGUUCAGCGCUGUAAUAAAUUCGGUGAUAUUUCACACAGUGUGGUGUCACUACACGGCCCCUUACGCUGAGCGUACAUCAACCCAUCGCUCAGUCAGUGGGAUUUCCAUUACCUUAGGAAAAUUGCCCCGAACAAUCUCAUUAAGCGCUUUAAGCUCUAUUCCCGCUGCCGUCUGUUGAGCACGAGGACGGAGAAAUAACCUGAUCUGAAGGCGACAGGCAGAUGCUGUUCUCAGCUUUCAGGAAUAUCCACAGACAUUAUUUAGUACAGUUUUGUUGUUAAUCACUGACUUUGUGGAUGUGUUUGUUUUCCCUCUCCUUUUGUACCUGAUCUGAAAAGACUGUUAGAAUUCUUCAUUAUUAUUAUUAUUAUUAUUAUUAUUAGGGUUUGUUUUUUGUCUUCUCUUUGUUAAUACUCCCCUGUGUAUUCCCCAACAGCUGAAAUCAUUAAAGACACAGCAAGAAGAUUAA